AUGGCGGAGCCACUGUAUGACAACUGGUUCGUCAGCGUUAAUGAUGUAGGAGAACUGUGGGCAAAUCAACCAACAUACAUAAUAUCCCAAGCUAUUUACAUCUUGGCUGGAUUUUUAACGUUAAUCCACGCGUUCAGCAAAGGUGGGAGGUGGCCAUACUUCUGGCUGGGCACUCUGCUCCAUGGGAUCGUCACCGAUAACUUUUGGGCCAUUGUUUUGCCAGAAUUUGAUAACUUUUGGCAUUCUCAGAGUCCAAUAAUAUUCCUGGGAAAACGACUACCUCUGCACAUUAUACUCCUAUAUCCAGCUUUCAUCUACCACGCCGCUUACGCUGUUUCUCGGCUGAAUUUACCGAGAUAUGCUGAGCCGUUCGCCAUUGGUCUAGUCACAGUGUUGAUAGACAUACCGUACGACAUAGUAGCUGUAAAGUUCGUACAUUGGGUGUGGCACGACACAGACCCUAAUAUUUUUGACCGCCAUUAUUGGGUCCCGUGGAAUUCUUAUUACUUCCACGCGGCAUUCGCCGCUAGUUUCUUUUAUCUAUUCCACGCUUCUAAAAGAUAUUUUGCACCCAACGUACAACAGUGGGCGUCUGCUAAGUUUUCAGUCGAAUUAAGAUCUUUGGUGCUAUCUUCUAUGCUGGGAAUGUUUGGUGGUGUUCUUCUGUUUAUACCCAUCUAUCAUCCUUUGCACGACAUGUACAAGAUUCACUCUGAAGUCACGUUCUUUCUGCUGUUUGCAAUAUUUUCCGUCAUCGUGCUUCACGGACUUCUUGGCGACAGACCGAAACGUAAAGAUGGCCUCUCGUUCUUGGACUACGUUCUUCUUUCCCAAUUGGCUCUACACUACACAAUUUAUUUGGCUUUCGUGGUGUUCUUCAAACCGGAGAAUGAGGUCUCUGUGGGCUUCCAUCAACCCGUAGGGCCAUGUGGUGAAACUGAGACUUUGGUCACGCCCUUCGGUCAGACUUUAUACAAGAACAAGUACCUCUGCGCCAACAACUAUGAUGAGAAAUAUUACGACUUUCACUGUGUUCGGAACCAGUUGCCGACACACGGGGCCAAAUGGUACACAGUUUGUGGGACACCCUUUGAAAACCGUGCUGAGUAUAUCACAGUGAUCUUAACCAUCCUUAUCGUGGCGUUCGGCGUCUUUCGCGCACUCUACUUCAAGACUUUGGAAUCCCCCCCAAAACCAACCAUGAAGAAAAAGAAUAAAUAG